GCUGGUGUUCAGGGGAUGUCAAGCCCGUGGUGGCAGAGCCUGGAUCUGCACACUGCCCCCUGCUGCUCUGCCCCCACCCCUCUGCCAGGGAGUUGGACCAAGCAGGUGCCAGAGGUCACCUGGACCACAGUUCCACAGGCCUGCAGUGGGGGUGACCAUGGAGUUGUGCCCCGAAGAGAAAUACUGGGACUCCCUGUUGAAUGUCUGCCUCUCCUGCAGAUCCAUCUGCAGCCAUCAGAUUCCACGCACCUGUACGGCCUUCUGCAAGUCACUCAGUUGCCGCAAGGAGCAAGGCAGAUACUAUGACCAGCUCCUGAGGGACUGCAUCAGCUGUGCCCCCAUCUGUGGACAUCACCCCAAGCAAUGCACAUACUUCUGUGAGAACAAUUUCAGGAGCCAAGUGAGCCUUCAAUCAGAGCUCAGGAGACAGAAGACUGGGAAGGCUGAAACCCGAUCAGACAACUUGGGAAGGUACAAGGGAACAGAGCACAGAGGCUUGGAGGCAGGUCCAGACACCCCAGGGCUGCAGCUGAGCGCUGACCAGCGGGCCCUGGUCUACAGCACCCUGGGACUCUGCCUCGGUGCCAUCAUCUGCUGCUUCCUCCUGGCCAUGGUCUGCUUCCUCAGGAGGAGGGGGGGCCAGUCCUCCUGCCCGUGCCCCCCAGAGCUGUGUCCGACCGCGUCCUCCAAGGAUCACAAGAUGGAAGCUGGGAGCUCCGCAGCCCUGGGGCCCCAGGAGCAGGUGGAGACCUGCAGCUUCUGCUUCCCAAAGUGCAGGGUGCCCACCCAGGAGAGUGCCGGUGCACCCAGGUCCCCUUGCCCCAUGUGUGCUGGGAGGUGUGGGCGCCUGGGCCCCACCAUGGCCGGACAGUCCUGCACUGGGUCCCCAGAGGGCAGCCUCCAGGCCAUGUGCUCACCCACCCAGGAGGGGGGCCCAGAUGCAUAAAGUGGAGGAGGAGGGAGGGAGGGAGAUGGUGAAGGAGACAUGGGGAAGGGAGAGCUGGCAGAGAGGGAGGGGCCCACUCAGGGCUCCACUGUCGGUCACCACUGUCCAAACACAUCUGCAGUGACUGGUCUGUGCUGGCUGGACUGUCCCCCAGAGCCCUUCCGUAGAAAUAAAACCUUAUUUUUGU